AUGGCAAACACUGAACAUUUUGAAUAUGUUCAAUCAAUUAUAAAACAAGAAACUAUUCUAAUGCAAAGAUGUCUAAAAAGAAAUGAAAUUAUCAAAUCUUUUAAACAUGCAACAAAUUUUUUAUUAUUUUUAAGAAAUUCAGUCUGGUCAUUAGAACAAUAUUAUAAAAUUCAAUCCUUAUGUAUCGAGUCAUUGUCACCUCUUUCUAAAUAUUUAUUAUUGAAAAAUAAAACUAUGGAUUUAGAUUUGGUAGAGGUCUAUGACUAUACUCAAUACAUUGGUAAUGUAAUACCAAGACUUUAUUUAAUGAUUACUGUCGGUAUUUGUCUUUUACAAUGUAAAGAUGUGCCAUAUUAUGAAAUCUUGAAAGAUUUAACCGAAAUGACAAGAUGUGAGCAACAUCCAAUAAGAGGUCUAUUUGUAAGAUAUUACCUAUAUAAUGGUACAAAAAAUCAAUUGAUCAAAUCCCAUUAUAUUAUUGAAAAUUGUUCAUUUAUUUUAUCAAAUUUUGAAGAAAUGAAUAAACUCUGGGUUAGGUUACAACAUAUUGGCUCAUUUGAUGAAAAACGAUUAAGAUUAAAGCAAAGAAAUCAAUUAAAAAUAAUGGUAUCUUCACAAUUGGUUGAAAUUAAAGCAAUUUUAAUUGAUCAGCAUAUUGAUAAUGAUGAUGAAACCAAUAAGGAAAAACUAAACAAAAGUCUAGAUAUUUAUAAGAAGACUGUAUUACCAAGAAUUCUAAACAAUAUCAUUCAAUCUCAUGAUCCAUUUUCUCAGGAGUAUUUAUUUGAAGCAUUAUUUCAAAUUUUUCCCUCAAAUUAUCAUAGGUCUACUUUAGAAUCAUUAUUAAGUUCAACUUUGAACUUGUUACCAUCAACACCUAUUGGAAGAAUUGUUUCAAAAUUGAUUGUCACUCUAAAUCUACAAGGGAAUGGUGCCAAACCUCAAGAAAAUGAAUGUAUUACUAAAGGCCUUGAAAAAGUUUCUAUUGAAGAAAAAUCAAAAAAGAGUAUCGCAAAAGAUACUAAUAUUCUUUCUGAUUCUGAUGGGCAAGAAAUUUUCCAAAUAUUUUGGAGUUAUUUGCAUACCAUUAAUGAAAAAGAAUUAAAUAUCUCUUUACACCAAUAUAUUACACUUUUAGAAAGUAUUAUACAGUUAGUUGUGACUUCAUUACCAAAUAAAUUGAAGAAUUUAUCCACUCUUUUCAAAAUUUUUGUCAUGAUUUUCAGUGGAGAUAUUUUGGUGAAAGAUGAUAAAAAUGUUAUUAAAAAUGAUGUAAUUUCUUUGUUAGCAUUUGAAAAUAUUAAAUUCUCAUCAUUAAGUGAAAAAAGUUCACUGAUUAUAAAUCUACUAAUCUAUUCAGAUCCAUAUAGGACAAUCAUAACCAAUAGUGUAGAUGAUGGCAAUCCUUUAUACAAUAGGCAAUUAUUAAAUCUCUUAUUGUCCAAAAUUGUACUUUCCAAUAACUUCUCCAUAUUUGAUGAACAAUAUAAAACAGAAAAUUCAAACAUUGAUACUUCUCAAAAGUUAGGAGUUAUAUUAACAAUUUUCACACCUUUAUUGAAGGAUUUGCCCAAACCAGAAAUUACUUUAUCUAAAGAUAAAAUAGUAAAGAAAGUUGAACCAGUCAGUUCUAAGCUAAACCAUUUGCCAACGAAUGAACAAGAUCAACAAUCGAAUAAGACUAUUGGUGAACAAUUAAAAGAGUUUGAUCGAACAUCACGUCCAAGUUCUCAAGACGAUUCUAUCAAUCACCGUACUAAUUCUCAUCCACCUAAACAGGAGGUUACACAUUCAUCCACUUUGGGAAAGGACUCAACUUUAAAGUCAUACUCAAAAAACACAAAUGUAACUCAUUUAAAAGACAAUGGACCACACUCCAAAUCUAAUACACAUGCUAACAACAUAGCCAGUUCCCAACAAUUAGUACAAGAUCGUAAAAUCCUUAGAGAUCAAAUGAAUAUCUUACAAUUUCAAAAGCAUAUCUAUUUCAAAAUGGAAGAACAAGAAAAUAUAACGAAAAUGUUUAAUACUCUAAUCCCCAUUGAAGAUUUAUUAAAGAAUCAUGAUGUGGAUGAUAUUGAAAAAAUUCUAAAAUUAAUUUUAACAUUUAGAAAUUGGUACUUUAAAGGAGGAGAGAAUAUUAAAUUUACAUAUCCAAUUCUUAUCACCAAUUUAUGGAGGAUAAUUAGACAAUGUUAUAUCUUGAACUUCGAAACAAUAAAUGAUAAGGAUGAAGAGUCUUCUGCUGAUCCACAAUUUAUUAAAAUAAUUAAUCAAACAUUCAAAUAUACCGCAAGAUUUUUAAAUGAGUUAGCCAAAAUAUCUUUGUCAACUAAUAAUCCGGAAAUUGCAGACUUGUCAUUUAAAUUAAAUUUACAAACUGCAUUAUUAGCAGAUCAGAUGAAAUAUAGUGAAAUUUCAUAUGAUUUCUUAUCUCAAUCGUUCUCUAUCUUUGAAGAGGCGUUAGGUUCAUCGAAGUUAGAAUAUCAAUCUUUAGUUUAUUUAACUCAAACAUUGCAUCGUACAAGAUCGUUAUAUGAGGAGUCACGUUAUGAAUCUUUGAUUAUCAGAUGCACUUUGCAUGCAUCGAAAUUAUUAAAGAAACAAGAACAAUGUAGAGCAUUAUAUUAUUGUUCUCAUUUAUGGUGGCCAACAAAACUGAAUUUUUUCGAUGAGGUACAAGAAUAUGAUAUUGUUAAUCCUGAAAAUAACUUGAAUAAAAAGCGUAUUAUGGAAUGUUUACAACGUUCUUUAAGACUGGCAGAUUCUCUCAUGGAUAACAUUCAAAGUUGUCAGUUAAUGCUUGAGUUAUUAAAUCAAUGUCUUUAUUAUUUCGAAACAGAUGCUCUACAUGAAACCGAAGUUCGUACCAAUUAUAUUAAUGGACUAAUCGAUUUAAUCAAGACAAACGUUCGAGCUCUAGAAAUGGAAAGAAGCUUAGGUGAAAAUGAAACCUCGGCAAAUAAUACUACAAAGGGCCAAACUCAUGACAUUGUUUGUGGUAUUGAUGGGACCGUAAUUGAAAUCUCUCAACAGGAUUUGGCAGCCAUAAAUACUACCCCUACAACCAAUCCUACCUCCUCUCAAGAGAAUAAUCAUGUCCCUAAGGACGUUACAGAGCAUUCUCAGGUGCCAAUAGACGGCUUUAAACGAAUCUGUGCAUAUAUCGCGGGCAAGCGUGCCUAUGAUGGUAGAUACGCCGCAAUAAAAGUUUGA